GACCGUAUAAAAUGGGAAGGGGUGGACGGAGAUCCAAGGAACGGCAGAAGAACGAAGACAGAGUGAGAGAUGGCUCAGCGAUUUAAAGGAAGCAACCUCUUCUUGACAGCUCUGCUGUGUCUGGUGAGCCAGGGUUAUGCGGUGGGACUCGGCGACAUGCUGGAGCGGGCGUCGCAGCUGUCCGACAAGCUUCACUCUCUCAGCACGUCCCUGACCAACGACCUGGACACCCAUUUCCCUCCGAUGGGAAAGAUCCUGAUGCCACGCCCCUCCAUGUGCCACACGGCUUCCCUCCAAACCCCUCACGACAAGGACCAGGCUUUGAGAGUGCCGGAAUCAGAGCUGCUGUCCCUUGCCCGCGCGCUCCUGCUGUCCUGGAACGAUCCCCUGCUCCUGCUCGCCUCCGAGGCGCCCACGCUGUCCCAUCCGCAGAAUGGCGCCAUCUACAGCAAAACAAGGGAACUGCAGGACCAGUCCAACAGCCUGAGCUCUGGGCUGGACAGGCUGAUUCACAAGAUUGGCUCCUCCUCCAAGUCCCUCUCCCCCCUCCCCUUCCAAGGCGGCGACCUCGGCAGUGACAAGAACUCCCGCCUCAUCAACUUCUACUUCCUGCUGUCCUGUUUCCGUCGGGACUCCCACAAAAUCGACAACUUUCUCAAGCUCCUCCGUUGCCGGGCAGCCAAGCAGGACCGGUGCUAAACUGGGGGGGGUAUUCUAAUUUGGGCUACAGUAUAAAAAAUAAGCUUAUUUUUUUAUUCUUUUUAGAAAUGUUCAUCGAAUCACAGACCUGGAUUCAGCCCCAUUCCUAAUACUUAAUUUAUAAUUUUGUACUAUGCCUUAUUGUACACACUUAAAAGAACAUAUGCUACACAAAAUUGACAUAUCAGAAAACUUGAAAAAGGGAAGGGAUUUUAAUCCCGCACUCAUUAAAAUAUUUACAACCUGUGUCUGCAAUACCGCAAUAACAUCAACAUAACUUAUGCAAAUUACUCUAAACUGUCUAAAGACACCUUUAAGGUGUCAAAAUUGUUGAGGACCGUCACCAUUUAAUUAUCAACCCAGAUCGCUGAACUACAGAUUUUGUUUUAUUCUUGGAAACUACUGUUGCUACACAAAUGACAAUAAAAUUCUAUCUUGCAUAACA